AUGGAGAAGGACAUGCGCUGGUUGAAGAUCCAUUUCGAGAACCUCCUGCGCCCUCAAGGGCAGGCCAGUUCCAGCGAAACCCCAGCACCAGGGCCUGGUACACCCAUUUCCGGAGUGCAACAGUCAGUGCUGUCGACCCCUGCGCCGCAGACGGACAAAGCGGGAGGAGAAGGGUUUCUCCCGACCCCAAAGGUGACACCUUUUCCCCAACCCACUUUUUUUCCGCCUAAGGACACGAAGCAGGGCCAAAGGUCGGAACUUUAUGGGAACCAGAGCGAGAUUCCGAGCAAAAAGGUCGAUCUGCCACUAUACGAAGGUAACAAUCCCGAGGAUUGGCUGUUUCGACUAGAGAAAUGUUUUGAGAUGAAUCAUGUGUCGGAAUGGGACAAACUGGAUCAAGCUUUGACCUGUCUCACCGGAUCUGCGAUUACGUGGUGGCGUUUUUCACAAGAGAGGGAGCAGAUUAACACUUGGAAGGAUUUUAAAGACAAGGUCAAAGUAAGGUUCAAACCCAGUAGAGGAAGUGCUUCGGUGGACCAGUUGUUGAAUAUAGUUCAAAAGGGGACCGUUAAUGAGUACAGAGAUCGUUUCGAAGAGCUUUCCGUGGAACUUCCUCAUGUACCUGAUGAUGUGCUUGAGGCGGCCUUCUUGAAGGGGUUGAAGAAGAGCCUUCGUGACCAAGUAGUGAGGUGCAGACCGGGAAACAUGACCGAUAUCGUUGAAGUAGCGAGGUUGAUCGAAUCGCAGGAGGGAGAAAACCAGAGCUUUUAUGGUCGAUCGUUCCAAAAACCAGUAGCUGCUUCGGGGUCGAGUUUCUCCAAUCGUAACCAAAGCAGCAACAAUUGGAGAUCAGGCGACAACCAAACGGCGAAGAGGAAUCCGGAGGCCACCAAGGAUAACCGAAAACCAUUUGUCAAGUCAAAUCUUUGCAACUACAACUGUGGAGAAAAGUGGUUUCCGGGGCAUAGAUGUAGACAGAGACUCAAAUGUAUGGAAGUAGAGGAAGAUGAGAACCAACCCGAGAAUGAAGCUAUUGAGCAGGAGGAGGGUGAGAACCUUGUCGAGGAUGGCGAAGAGCAACAAGAGUUGGUCACCUUAUCGCUGCAUUCAAUGGCAGGCUUGACGACGGAAACUUCCAUGAAGAUGUGGGGAAGUAUUGGUGACAGGAAGGUUGUGGUACUCAUUGACUCAGGAGCUACCAGCAACUUCAUCACUGAGAAAGUAGCGAAGGAGAUGAAGCUACCUCUGGCGCACAACCGAGGCUUUGGAGUAUUGGUAGGAGGUGGAAAAGUCAUGCAUGGCAAGGGUAGAUGUUCCGGAGUGUCACUAAACAUACAAGGGAUCGAAUUGGUGGAGGAACUUCUGAUAUUUGAACUGGGGAAUACAGACGUCGUCCUGGGUUAUCCUUGGUUGGCAUCGCUAGGGGAUACAAGAACGAAUUGGAAGCUGCAGACUCUAAGUUGGAAGAUAGACGACUGUUGGGUAACCAUUAAAGGAAAUCCAGAGUUGAGCCGUGAACCUGUGUCUCUGCGUUCUAUGGAGAAGCUGAUUACGAAAGAGAGAGGAGGAUACUUGCUGGAACUUACAACUCUGUUUGAAGGAGAAAAGAAGCAAAGUAAAGGCAAAUACUCCGCGGAAGUACAACCUAUCCUGGAUGAGUUCAGACAAGUAUUUGAGAUGCCACAGGAGUUACCUCCGAUCCGCAGUAAAGUUCACGCUAUCACACUACAGGAUGGGGCCGGACCCGUGAAUAGCAGACCUUAUCGCUAUUCCUUCAUACAGAAGAAUGAGAUUGAGAGACUCAUACGAGAGAUGUUAGAGGCACACAUAAUCCGCCCAAGUGUGAGCCCGUACUCAAGUCCGGUCUUAUUGGUGAAGAAGAAAGACGGAGGGUGGCGGUUCUGUGUGGAUUAUCGCGCCCUAAACAAGGUCACCGUUCCUGACCGUUAUCCCAUUCCUGUCAUUCAGGAGUUGCUAGAUGAGCUGCAUGGAGCAGUAAUUUUCUCGAAACUGGACUUAAAGUGA